UGACUCCGGCGGCACUCCGGCUGACUCCGGCGGCACUCCGGCUGACUCCGGCGGCACUCCAGCUGACUCUGGAGGCGCUCCCGUGACACCCAAACAGCACUCCGGCGAGCCCCAGGCGACAUUUGGACGGCGCUGUGCCGACAAUCCGGUGGUGCUCAAACGACACUCUGGAGGAGCUUUGGCGACACGCGGUUCAGCCAGGAAGGCGCUAGAAGGCCGACGAUCCUCAGACAGGCUCUGGAGGCCGACGAACAGAGCAGGCCGCGGAGUGCGCCAGCGGAGGGGACCCCAGGGCGUCACGUCCUCGGCGCGCGCCGACUCGGGGAUCGGGCGGUCUGUGGCAGCUGUGACCUGCAGCAGCAGUGACCCUAAGUGGCCUAGAGCGCCAGUGGCGAACGACCUGAACGUGGUGGUGGUGAUCUGCCGUGACUGGAAGUGGCCGAACGCAACAGGCCGGACGUCGGACAUGGGCUGCGGCGGCUCCAAGUCGGUGGCGGCCGUCCAACCUCUAGACGACGAGGCUGAGAAUGUCUCCAAGGUUGAAGUGCUCAAAGAAAACGGCGUCAGCGAUGGUCUGGACAGAAUACAGAGCGUACCGAACAACCAUAUACCGAACGGAAGCCCGGCGGACCAGCCAGACCAGACCAGCACGCAGCUAAACCCUGCCAGCCCGCCGCAGCUGCUGCCCGUCAAGCAAGCCAACGGCUCGUCGGCAAUCGCGUUCGAGAUUCCGCUGGAGGCGGGCGAGAGUCUGAUCCAGCGGCACCCGCCCAAGCGUUUCCAGCGGCUCGAGGAUAACCAGCUGACGCUGGAGAUCUUCGAGGGCAAGCACGCCAACGCCGCCGAACGGAGGAGCAAGCUAUUGAACCAGCGCGUGCAGAGCGCUCGGGUGCGAAACCUGCGCAGCGCCGGCCGCGCCAAGUCUCGCACAACCAUGCGCUCGGACGACGACCCGAUCGAGGGUGGCGUAGCCGACCAGAGGAAGGACGAGUCUGAACUGUCAUAGGUACGUCCUAGUCCAUAGCGCAUUAUGUUCACCGGUUCCUCGGAGAUGAACCGGUGAAUGACGCGCUGCUCCUGAGCGUUGGCUGCCCAUCCGCCCGACUUCGAACCAGAGUCGAUCGUCUGUCUUCUUCAAAACGAGAUCAUGGGCCUCGUCAAGCUCACAGAGGCCACCGUUUUCGGCUAUCUCGACUGCUGUGCAAGCUUCGAUGGAGGACGGAGCUCGAAGUGGAGCAGUGCACGGGACUCGCGAGAGCACCGACGCCGGUACGGUGCUGGCAGCAGACGACUG